GCUGCUCGGCUGGCGCAGCAGCUUGCCAGCCGGCUAGCGCUCGUCUUCGUUUGUAUUAUUAUUAUUAUUAUUAUUGGUAUUAAAUACAUCUUCAGCAUGUCGCCGAUGUGUGCGCAGGAGGCCGAGCAGGAUGGAGGCCCGGGGGGAGCUGAGUGCGCACCAGCUGCUGGAGAGAAAAGUGCAACAUGAAGGACGAGGACUGCUGACUUCUCUCCACAAGCUCUUCGGGAACGUCAACACGCUGCACGUCCACGCCGUCAGCCGCCUCGAAUGCGCCGGUUCCUGUCCGGACCUGACGAUGAGCAGGCGGGACUUGGCGGACAUGCAGCGGCCUGCCCCCGUGGCCCUCACGCCCCAGCUGGGCCCCAGGCUCCACCGGCCCCUGUGCGUGUCUGUGUCGUCCGACAGCAGCGGGCGCUUCAAAGCUCUGCAGACGCAGGAGUGGAAGAACAACCUCAAAGCUCAGAUGGAACAGGUGCACAGCGCGGGCGCCGCCAGCAGCACGGGCUCCCUGGAGCGCGCCUCCUUGUUCUACGCCUCGGGCGGUCCGGCCGAGCUCCUGAACAAGAACAAGUCUUCGGGCCGCUUCUCCCGCUUCUCGCCGCCGUGGAACAGCAGCUCGGAGUCGGACUCCAACCCUCCGUCGCGUAGCGGCUCCAAGAAGCUGCGGAACUACAGCCGGAGGGCGGCCACGGGCCCGGCCGGGGCGGAGCCCAACGGCGGCGGCCCGCAGCAGGUCCAGUACUUCGAGCCGCUCAUCUCCAAGGUGACGGACUACAUCUUCGUGGGCAACCUCAACGCGGCGUACAACGGGCGGGCGCUGUGUCGCAACAGCAUCGACAGCAUCAUCGACAUGAGCGGAGCGCCGGGCGAGGCGGGGCCCAGCCUCAGCCUCAUCCCGUGCACCUGCUCCCGCGGCGGCGUGCGCCACAGCUGGUCCCGGCUGAAGGUGGACAUCGGCGACGUGAAGCAGCGCUGCUUCGAGGACAUCAACGACUGCAUCGACGCCUCGGCUCAAAAGAGGAAGCGCGUGCUGGUGCACUGCCGCGACGGCUUCUCGCUGGCGCCCACCUGCGUCAUCCAGUACCUGAUGGUCAAGCGCGACAUGAGGCUCAUCGCCGCCUACGAGCUGCUCCGCGCCAAGUACCCGCUCAACAUCCGCGAGGGCCACCAGAACCUUCUGGUCAGCCUGGAGAGGACGCUGCGGCCCGGAGACGUGGACCCGCAGAGCUUCAAACAGGCCAUCUCCAGGAAGGUGGCCUGGACCUGACUCUUUGAUCCCAGUCCUGGAGAGACCCCCUGGAAACGACAACUGGUCUUCGGGUCGGCGCCAUCAGAACCUGUCAGAUUGGUGCUGGUGUGUUGCCUCUAGUUUUGUUUGUGUAGAUGUUCUGAUCCAACCCACAACGUGGACCUGCUGCGCCUGCGCUGUCCUCUGUGAGGAACACCUGCUGGCUUCUCAUCAGCAGAGUCCAGGAUGUGGUCCAUGCCUCACACUGCAGUUACAACCGCUGUCAAACUCAAGGCCCGGGUGCCAGAUUUGGCCCGCCACUUUAUUUUAAGUGGCCCGGCACUUUAUUUUAUGUGGCCCGACACUUUGUUUUAUGUGGUCUUACACGUUAUUUAAAAUGGUCCAUCACAUGAUUUAAAGUGGCCUGUCACGUCAUUUUAGAUGGUCCCCCUUGUAUUAAUGUGGUCCGCCACAUUAUUUAACAUGGUCUGUCAAUUCAUUUAAGUUGGCCCGUCACCUCAUUUUUUUUGGCCCGCUACAUCAUUUGUUUUGGUCCACCACGUGAUUUCAUUUGGCCUCCCUUGUAAAUAAUGAUGUCCGCAACAUUAUUUAAAGUUGCCCAUGACGUCAUUUAAAUUGGCCCGCCUUGUACUGUAUAUAAUGUGGUUCGCCACAUUAUUUAAAAUGGCCUGUCACAUCAUUUUAUUUGGCCCGUCACGUCAUUUUAAGUGACCUGCCUUGUAUACAAAGUGGUCUGCCACAUUAUUUAACAAGGUCCGUCACGUCAUUUUAUUUGGCCCGUCACAUCAUUUUAUGUGGCCCGUCACUUUAUUUGGCCUGUCACGUCAUUAUACAUGGGCCGUCACGAAUAUAUUGUCGUCCACCACAUUAUUUAACUUGGUCUGCCACAUCAUUCAAUGUGGCCCGUCACCUCAUUUUAUUUGGCCCGUCAUUUAAUUGGCCCGCUACAUAAUUUUAUUUGACCUGUCACAUCAUUUUUCUUGGCUGCUCACGUCAUUUUAAUUGGCCCGUCAUAUAAUUUUACUUGGCUGGUCACGUAAUUUUUUGCGGUCCGCCACAUGAUUUAAUAUGGUCCGUCACAUCAUUUUUUUUGGCCCGUCACAUUUUAUUUGGCCCGUCACGUCAUUUUACAUGGCACGCUACGUCAUUUAAUGUGUCACGUCAUUUUAAGAGGCCUGCCUUGUAUAUAAUGUGGUCUGCCACAUUAUUUAAUAUGGUCCGUCACGUCAUUUUAUUUGGCCCGUCACGUCAUUUUAUUUGGCCCGUCACGUAUAUAUUGUGGUCUACCAAAUUAUUCAAUGUGGCCCGUCACCUCAUUUUAUUAGGCCCGUCAUUUUACGUGGCCCGCCACGUCAUUUUACUUGACCCGCCAUAUCAUUUUACCUGGCUGGUCAAGUCAUUUUUUGUGGUCCGCCACGUGAUUUAAUUUGGCUCGUCACGUCAUUUUCCGUGGCCUGCCUUGUAAAUAAUGAGGUCCGCAACAUUAUUUAAAGUGGUCCAUCACGUCAUUUAAUCUGGCCCGCCUUGUAUAUAACGUGGUCCAUCACAUCAUUCAAUGUGGCCUGUCAUGUCAUUUUAAGUGACCUGCCUUGUAUAUAAUGUGGUCUGCCACAUUAUUUAACAUGGUCUGUCACGUAAUUUUAUUUGGCCCGUCACAUUUUAUUUGGCCUGUCACGUCAUUUUAAGUGGCCUGCCUUUUAUAUAAUGUGGUCUGCCACAUUAUUUAAUAUGGUCCAUCACAUUAUUUAAUAUGGUCCAUCACAUAAUUUUAUUUGGCCCGUCACGUAUAUAUUGUGGUCCACCACAUUAAUUAAAAUGGUCUGCCACCUCAUUUUAUUUGGCCCGUCACAUCAUUUUAAGUGACCUGCCUUGUUUAUAAUGUGGUCUGCCACGUUAUUUAACAUGGUCUGUCACGUCAUUUUAUGUGGCCCGUCACAUCAUUUUACGUAUUUUAUUUGGCCCGUCACGUCAUUUUACUUGGCCCGUCACGUAUAUAUAUUGUGGUCCACCACAUUAUUUAACAUGGUCUGCCAUAUUAUUUUAUUUGGCCCAUCAUUUUAUGUGGCCCGUCACGUCAUUUUACUUGGCCCGUCGCGUCAUUUUAUUUGGCCUGUCACGUCAUUUUACUUGGCCCGUCACGUCAUUUUAAGUGACCUGCCUUGUUUAUAAUGUGGUCUGCCACAUUAUUUAACAUGGUCUGUCACGUCAUUUUAUGUGGCCCAUCACAUUUUAUUUGGCCCGUCACGUCAUUUUAUGUGGCCCGUCACGUCAUUUAUGUGGCCUGCCUUGUAUAAAAUGUGGUCCGUCACAUCAUUUUAUUUGGCCCGUCACAUCAUUUUACGUAUUUUAUUUGGCCCGUCACGUAUAUAUUGUGGUCCACCACGUUAUUUAACAUGGUCUGCCACAUCAUUCUCCUCAUUUUACUUGGCCCGUCACGUCAUUGUACUUGACCCGUCGCGUCUUUUUAUGUGGCCCGUCAUUUAUUUGGCACACUACCGGUAUUUCAUUUUAUUUGGCCUGUCACGUCAUUUAUGUGGCCUGCCUUGUAUAAAAUGUGGUCCGUCACAUCAUUUUAUUUGGCCCGUCACAUCAUUUUACGUAUUUUAUUUGGCCCGUCACGUAUAUAUUGUGGUCCACCACGUUAUUUAACAUGGUCUGCCACAUCAUUCUCCUCAUUUUACUUGGCCCGUCACGUCAUUUUACUUGACCCGUCGCGUCUUUUUAUGUGGCCCGUCAUUUAUUUGGCACACUACUUCAUUUUAUUUGGCCUGUCACAUCAUUUUACUUGGCUGCUCACGUCAUUUUACGUGGCCUGCCAUAGUGUACAUAAUGUGGUCCGCCACAUUAUUUGACAUGGUCUUCACGUCAUUCAAUGUGGCCCGUCACAUCAUUUUAUGUGGUCUUUAACGUAUUAUAACGUGUCACGCCACAUCAAUUAAUGUGACUUAUGUCAUUUAAGGUGGCCCGCCACGUCAAUUUGUCGUCUGCCACAUCAAUUAAUUUGGCCCUCUGAGGGCUGCCAUAAAUGCAGUGUGGCCCUCAAGAUAAAAGGAGUUGACACCCGUGUUGAAGACUGAGUCACACAAACAUUUGAUGGUUGUUGUUGUUUACCUACCUGCCUAAGAAGGAAGGACCAAGGAGAUGAUCCACUUCUUGGAAACCACCAGUGUCCAAAAGGCGUGCAUUUUAUUUCUGUUUGACACUAAUUAGCUUUGUCUGCUCUUCUUACACAAUGCCAUCCGCUUGGGGCCCCAUGGUGUGUAAAGAAGCGCACAUAGUGUCUGUGAACGAAUGUCUUCCCAGCCCCUUCCUGGUCCAUCAGUGAUCAGAAUAAAACGGCACCCCACUUCCGUCCUGUGGCGUGGCGUUCAAAUCCUGCUGUGAGUUGAGUUAGGAAGGAUAGAAGAUUUAUGUUAAUGAUACUAAAAAUUUUACUUUGCACUAAAAAAAUAGAAAUGUAAAAUUUCUUUUAGUACCAGACUUGCAUCUAAUUCCGGGGUGUCCAAACGUUUUCCACUGAGGGCUGCACACUGAAAACUUAAUGCACACGGCGGCCAUUUUGAUAUUUUUCUUUUUCAAAACCAAUAAAAUAUAUUGAUUUUUUUUUUUUUUUUACGUUUAGGGCUCCUCACAAGUUUGGUACCAGGGACCCGUUUUUUUGUUUUUUUUCAACGCUUAAA